AUGCGUCCCCGCGGGUUUGGAGUAUGUCCAGAGGAGGUGGUGGUGAAGGAAGACUUGAUUUUCAGUGAGGUGGAUGCGAAGUACAUGACGUCUGAAAUGAAGAACCAUGUGGAAUCUGAACAUGUGCAGGUUACCUGCAAGUGUAGGAUGAAGAUAGAAAAAAGUCUCUUGAAGGAUCAUGAGGCGUCAGCAUGCCCUCUGCGUCCUGCCCUCUGCCAGUACUGCGACAUACAGCUCGCUUUCAACAAGCUCCAGGAGCAUGAAAUCUACUGCGGAGCUAGGACUGAGAGAUGUGGUGGGUGCGGUCGUAUCAUCAUGAUGAAAGAUCUAAAAGAGCAUCCUCGAGUCUGUGGGCAAGAGGUGAAACAAGCAAGAGGAAGCAGAGCAGUGCCUCGGUUUGAGGAUGAGGAUGCAGAUUUGCACGCCCUUCGGGACGUUAGAGACCGACUGAGAUCAGGUAACUACGCUGGGCCUCUGUGGAGAGUGCCCAGGGUGCUAGAAAAGCAGAUUUGUAGGAGACAAAGCAUUAAGGACAUUAGCAGAAGAGAUGUUUCAGCAGUGCAAAGAAAUCAAAAGUGAGAGGAUGAACUGGAGCAGUUGGGGAGAAAUGGAAACACUCAUUCCUCACUUUAUGACGAGUGGAACGCCGAUUUAGACUACGUGUUGGCUCUGAGCCUGCAAAAUGAGAACAAUCCUCACAAUAAUACUGCAGCUGAAAUUCACAGUGACUUCUGGGAAAACUACUACACCAAAGAGUCUGUGCCAUCGGCCUGUCUUAAUGAACCAGACAAGUCAAAUAUCUUCUCCUGUGACUCUUUAGUGUCUUUUAGCACAUCAAACCACUUAAAAAAAGGAGACAUUAUGAUUCCAUGUGAAUUUUGUGGCAUCCAGCUAGAAGAGGAGACCCUCUUUCAUCAUCAGCACCAUUGUGAUCUGCGCCCAGCCAGUCCGGCAGCCAGCUUUCCACCUCCGCAGCUGCUCUCUCCUCAAGCCAACAGAGAGAGAAGAGAAUCGCCAGAGCUGGCUCGGAGACGAAUCAGGCAUCAAGGAGAUGUUUCUCCUUGGUGCACAGAAGGCUUUGGGCAGCAGAGGCUCAGCUGUCCUGCAGGAGGGACCACGUCGCUGAGUAACACGGCAAAGGCCAGGAAUGCACCCCUGUCCUCUUCAGGCAGAGGCAGCGACGCUCCCAGCGCGAGAGGGAAGCCCAGGAAGGUGGCUGGCAACGAGGGAAGGCCGAAGAACAGAGGUGCAAGUGAACCCACAGGAUCUGGUUCUGCUACAAAAAUAACUGGGUCAGGGUUCAGGAGAAGAUUGAAGGGCCUCUUCCUUGGCCUUCCAGAGUCUCCCUGGUGUGAAGGACCCGGGUUGACUCAACACACCAGCAAUGCGGGAGGAAGGAGCCUCGGGGUGUCGGAUGGUCCCGUCGGCUUCAGGCGCAGGAGCACAAAGGCAAAAGCCCAGAGCCCAAUGUCUGAUUAUCCGGAGAAGUGA